GCUUCUUUAUAGAAAAUGAAUUAUUGGAUUAUGUAAAAAUCUAAGAAUUAUAUCUAAUGUCAACUUCCUAAUUAAAGUUCGUUCAUGUCCUAGAAUCAUCCUAAACUCUUCUAUUUAUAUACCAAAUUUCCCUUUCCCUUCAUCUUCAUACAAACAUACAACAAAAAUCGCGGUGUUGCAUUUUUUUUGUAAAUUCAUAUAUAUUUGCAUUUAGCAACUGAUUUUGGUAGUCAGUAAAAGUCGUGUUUGUUGUUAAGUUUUAAUAUUACUCAGUACUAGCUUUGAUACUCAAUUAGUGUAAAAACAUGGCACCUGCUCUUUCACUCUCUUUACCAUCUCACUCUCGCUACAAUCUCCCAAAAUGGAAACCUCAAGAUAUUCCAAAAGAAACACAAUUACCAAAAGCAAGCAACAAAGAUCAAAACCCAUGUUAUAGUACAACAAAUUUAGACAUUAAACAUACAAAAAUUCCUAGAAGAAAGCUCUUAUCAUCAAGUGGGCUGGGCCUAGUUGGAGGAGCUGGAGCUGGGCUACUAAGUGGAAAGCCCAACCCAGCAAACGCGGAGGUCACGAGUCCACCAAGCCCAAUAGAUUUAGCUUCUAAUAGGAUAUCAUACUCAAGUUUCUUGAAGUACUUGGAUGAAGGUGUAGUGAGGAAGGUGGACUUGAUUGAGAAUGGCCGGUCUGCGGUCGUAGAAAUUUACAAUGAUGCCCUUCAUAAAAUACAAAGGCUUAAGGUUGAACUGCCUAGUUUACCACCAGAAUUAGUGAGAAAGUUGAAGGAUAAAAAUGUUGAUUUUGCUGUUAAUCCUCCAGAGGUUAAUAUGGAAGUUGCAAUACUUGAUUUAUUGAGUAAUGUUGCUUUUCCUUUGAUUUUUUUGGGUGAUUUGCUUUUUAGGGCUUCCAGGCCCAAUAUUCCUGGUGGAGGCCCAAACUUGCCUUUUGGGCUUGGCAGGAGCAAAGCCAAGUUUCAGAUGGAACCAAACACAGGAGUAACAUUUGACGAUGUAGCAGGAGUUGAUGAGGCAAAGCAGGAUUUUCAGGAAAUUGUGGAGUUCUUAAAAACCCCAGAGAAGUUUGCUUCAGUAGGAGCAAAAAUUCCUAAGGGAGUUCUGUUGGUUGGACCACCAGGAACAGGGAAGACCAUGCUAGCUAAGGCAAUAGCAGGCGAGGCAGGAGUGCCGUUCUUCUCCCUCUCAGGCUCUGAAUUCAUUGAGAUGUUUGUAGGAGUUGGGGCCUCCAGAGUCAGAGAUUUGUUCAACAAGGCCAAGGAAAAUGCUCCUUGCUUGGUUUUCAUUGAUGAGAUCGACGCUGUUGGGAGGCAAAGAGGGACGGGCAUUGGUGGAGGGAACGACGAAAGAGAGCAAACUUUGAAUCAGUUGCUUACUGAGAUGGAUGGUUUUGCUGGGAAUACUGGAGUUAUUGUUAUUGCAGCUACUAAUCGGCCUGAGAUACUUGAUCAGGCAUUGCUUAGACCCGGAAGAUUUGACAGGCAGGUCUCAGUUGGAUUACCAGAUGUGAAAGGAAGGGAAGAAAUAUUAAAGGUCCACAGCAGUAACAAGAAGCUAGAUAAGGAUGUUUCACUUAGUGUUGUUGCCAUGAAAACUCCUGGAUUCAGUGGAGCUGAUUUGGCCAAUCUUAUGAAUGAAGCUGCCAUUCUAGCUGGUCGAAGAGGAAAAGCAAGGAUUACUGUAAAGGAGAUUGAUGACUCAAUUGAUCGCAUCGUGGCAGGAAUGGAAGGAACCACAAUGACUGAUGGGAAAAGCAAGAUUUUGGUGGCCUACCAUGAGGUUGGACAUGCUGUGAGCGCGACUUUGACUCCAGGACAUGAUCCAGUACAGAAAGUCACUCUGAUACCAAGAGGUCAAGCACGAGGUCUUACAUGGUUCAUGCCGGAUGAAGACCCAACUCUCGUGUCAAAGAAGCAAUUGUUUGCUAGGAUAGUAGGCGGUCUUGGAGGAAGGGCAGCAGAAGAAGUCAUUUUUGGUGAACCAGAAAUCACUACUGGUGCUGCAGGAGACCUGCAACAAGUUACACAAAUAGCUAGACAGAUGGUAACAAUGUUUGGAAUGUCAGAACUUGGACCGUGGGCUUUGAUUGAUCCAGCAGUUCAGCAAAGCGAUGUAGUUCUGAGGUUGUUGGCAAGAAAUUCAAUGUCGGAAAAGCUAGCAGAAGACAUAGAUGCAUGUGUACGUCGUAUAAUUGAGACAGCUUAUGAAGUGGCGAAGCAACAUAUCAGAAAUAAUAGAGAUGCAAUUGAUAAACUUGUAGACGUUUUGCUGGAGAAAGAAACACUCUCAGGAGAAGAGUUCAGGUCUAUACUGUCUGAAUUUGUCGACAUCUCUGUGAACGAGUCAAAGACUUCUGUCCGUGAACUCAUUAAUGCUUAAGUUUUGUAUCUCAACAGCCCUUGAUACAGUUAGUCAACUUAGCUUCAAGUAUGAAAUGAAAUAACAAGGGUAAGAAGGAAAUUAUGAGAAGAUGAUGAAUCAUAAAGUGAAAAUAAGAUAAUACACCCGGGU